AAUAUUUCUUUCUGCUGGUAACCCCGACUGACACUUGCCAAAUGCCAGUCAGUCCACCAAAAAAUGUCGGGCAGUGUGUCAUAUUAAAAAUCACUCUAAAGCUUAAUAUUUACGCCAAAUAUAAAUAGCUCACGUAAAACAAUUGUGUGUGUAAUUACCUUAAAUCCUCCUCGCAACUAAACGCGGCUACUCAUAUCAGCUGCCGGCUGACAGCAGUAGCGAAAAUGAAAGUCUGGGGAGCACACGGUGAAUUCUGCGCCCGACACCAAUGGGAAGUCAUCGUGGCCACGCUGGCGUUGUUGGCCUGCGCAGCCAGCGUGGAGCGCCACGGCCCCGGCAACAGGUCCGAGCACUGCGCCGGCUGGGCUAGAGCCUGCCCCGGGCUCGAGGCUGAAUACCAAGCCGCCGACGCCGUUAUCAUGACGUUUGUGCGUUGUGCGGCUUUGCUAUACGCCUACUACCAAAUCUCGAAUCUUCACAAAAUAGCUUCAAAAUAUCUGCUCAUCAUCGCUGGAGUGUUUUCCACAUUCGCCAGUUUUAUAUUCACUUCAGCAUUGGCGAGUUUAUUCUGGAGUGAACUAGCUAGUAUUAAAGACGCCCCGUUUUUAUUUUUGUUAGUGGCAGAUGUCGCAAGAGGCGCCAGAAUGGCUAAAGCUGGCUGGUCUGCUGGCGAGGAUCAAGGAAAAAGAGUUGGUAGAGCUCUGUCCUUGCUAGGUCCAACUGCAACAUUAGAUACGCUCCUAGCAGUAUUAUUGGUCGGAGUGGGAGCUUUAUCCGGUGUGCCUAGAUUAGAACAUAUGUGUACCUUCGCAUGCCUUGCAUUAUUGGUGGACUACCUAGUCUUCGUAACUUUCUACCCCGCAUGUUUAUCAUUAGUCGCAGAUUUUGCGUCUGGAAGAAAAGAAAUGUCGCCAGACAGCCCAUUCUCAGAAGAAGACUUAAAACCAAACCCUGUUGUCCAAAGGGUAAAAAUGAUUAUGGCUGCUGGUCUUCUCUGCGUUCACUUGACAAGCAGAUGGCCUUGGUCUUCUGAUAAUGGCAUCAUAGAAGGUCCUGCCGACAACAUGAUUCCAGCUCCAGGCGAUAAUGUCCUGCUGCAUUCGUAUGUGAAAUGGUUCUCUGUUAGUGCUGAUUAUAUUGUGAUAGCGACGUUGCUUUGCGCUCUGAUAAUUAAAUUUAUAUUUUUUGAAGAACAACGGAAUUGGGUCAUAGAUAUGAACGAUAUGACGGUCAAAGAGUUCGUGCAAAACGAUAAAGAGGGCAAUGAAUCUCGCAAACCUAAAUUUUCUGUAGGUGAUGACUCUAAUUCGGAAGUGUCUACACAGACCGACGGUGCCAAUAACACUGAAGAUGUUGAAUGGCCUCUUCUAUCGCCUAGCUCUUCAGCCGCCAAACUAAACGCUAAGAAGCGGCCAAUGGCUGAAUGUCUGGAACUGUAUAGGUCGGGAGCUUGCACAGCUCUGAGUGAUGAAGAAGUCAUAAUGUUAGUAGAACAAUCGCAUAUUCCUCUGCAUCAACUUGAAAGUGUUUUAGGUGAUCCUUUACGAGGCGUUAGGCUCCGACGACGGGUUGUCUCAGCUCGUUACCAUACAGAAGCAGCCGUCAAACAACUGCCUUAUCUUAACUACGACUACAGCAGGGUUUUGAAUGCCUGUUGUGAAAAUGUGAUCGGAUACGUCGGUGUGCCUGUAGGUUACGCUGGUCCUUUAUAUGUUGAUGGCAAAGCUUAUAUGAUUCCUAUGGCGACUACCGAAGGCGCACUGGUCGCAUCGACAAACAGAGGCGCUAAAGCCAUCGGUACAAGAGGGGUUACGAGCGUCGUAGAAGAUGUUGGAAUGACGAGAGCGCCAGCAGUCAAGUUGCCAAAUGUAGUCCGAGCUCACGAAUGUCGACAAUGGAUAGAUAAUAAAGAGAACUACGCUAUUUUGAAGGAAGCGUUUGAUUCAACCUCGCGUUUUGCCCGACUCCAAGAAAUCCAUGUUGGUGUGGACGGUGCUACUCUUUACCUCCGAUUUAGAGCAACAACAGGCGAUGCCAUGGGCAUGAACAUGGUCUCCAAAGGCGCGGAGAAUGCCUUAAAACUUCUUAAAACAUUUUUCCCAGACAUGGAAGUUAUCAGCUUGUCAGGAAACUACUGUUCAGACAAAAAAGCUGCCGCAAUCAACUGGGUUAAGGGAAGAGGAAAAAGAGUCGUUUGUGAAACAGUAAUUUCUAGUGAGAGCUUGAGAACUAUUUUUAAAACUGAUGCUAGGACUUUAGCAAGAUGCAACAAGAUCAAAAAUCUAUCCGGGUCGGCGUUAGCGGGGUCGAUAGGUGGUAACAACGCGCAUGCUGCUAACAUGGUGACCGCUAUCUUCAUAGCCACCGGCCAAGAUCCGGCGCAAAACGUGACGAGCAGCAACUGUUCCACUAGCAUGGAAGUAUACGGCGAGAAUUAUGAAGAUCUGUACGUCACUUGCACUAUGCCUUCGCUGGAAGUCGGCACAGUAGGUGGAGGAACAGUAUUGACUGGCCAAGGGGCCUGCCUUGAGAUCUUAGGUGUUAAGGGAGCAGGCGUACGCCCCGCAGAGAACUCUGCGAGGCUCGCUUCUCUAAUUUGCGCAACGGUAUUAGCGGGAGAACUUAGCCUGAUGGCAGCUUUAGUUAAUUCGGAUCUGGUAAAGUCUCACAUGAGGCAUAACAGAUCGACGUUGAAUGUUCAAGCUGCGAAUAUAGAAGUAAAUUCUGUGGCUUUAAAAGUGCCUACGUUAUAACAUUUAGCUUGUCAUGUAGAGAUCCGCAGCGUCCACGCGCUCGUCUGGGUAUCUGUUUAAAUGACUAUUACAGUAUAAGACUUUGUUAUGUAUUAUUGUAUAGACAGAAUAUAUGAGAAAUGUUCGCGUUUGUUCGUUGCUGUAUGUGCAUGUUUAAGGAUGCUUUAAGACCUUUAUAUUUUCUAUGUUUGACUACAUAUAAAGCAAUAAAUCUAUUUAAAUCCACAAACUGUUGCAAAUUUGUUAAUGAUAAAACAAAAAAUAAUAGAUAUAUCACAAAUGGUUUAAGCAGGUCACAUGCGGAGAUGACAUCUCUAAAGGUCAAAAAGCAUCCUUAAACAUUUUUUAAUACUUAUAGACAAUUAUGUGUUAGCUGAGCCUUAAUGAGCUGUAUCUAAUGAUUGCUUAGACCUUUGAAACAUAAACAUGAGUAUAAGAUAUAAAUUGACUUUGUGUGUGGGAAAAACAAAACUUAUCUAUAACUUUGUAGCCUAGCGACUGACUAAAAAUUUGCAAAGCAUUGACGUCGAUAUUAUUUUUACAUUGAUCUUAAUUUUUAUGAACAUUAAAAUAGACGCCAAUAUUCAAUUGUAAUAAUGGACCAAAUAAACUAUAGUCUAUUUCGCCGAACGUAUAAAUUUAAAGUGUAAAUGUCAAAGUAUUUUUCUCUUGGCGAAGGAUGGUUGUGGAAUUAAUCCGUUCUGUACUUUCCCACCGAUAAUACUUCAAUAUUCAACUUCUAACGAGUAACAAUUCAGUACCAAGAGUCGACUUAACAAAGAAACUGAAUUCAAUAAAAAAAUUAAAUAAGUUUCAGCCUUUGUACUUUUACAUACAUCGGUUAUUAGUUAAUACAGCGAAAAGCCAAGAGCGCACCUUGAACAGUGUUUUUAUUAUUAUUAUUAUUCCUUUUUACGGUCACUCCUCCAUUUAAAUUGUCGACUUUAAUUAUAUCCAAUUGUCCAAUGUUUGUAGAUGCAAAAGGCAGUAAAACAAGUCUUCAGCUCGUACUUGAACUUAAAAAUAAAGUUUUCUUUCACAUACAAGCGGUAAAAGGUUAUUGCGUCAUUCUGAUAGCCAGACUUCGAAUAGUAUUGACUGAAAUUAUAUUCCAACGAAUUUGUUAACUUUUUUACCAAUUACUUUUUUUAUCAGCUUGCUAAUAAAAAAAAUAUAAUUCACUAAUGACUGAUUUUCGGUAUGAACAUACUUAGCAAAUAAAAAUUGCCCUGAAGUAAGGAUUAAUUGCGAGUUUGAUGCACACAAUGGGAUUAGUAACAGUUUUAUGAUUCACAAUUGUUUUCGCCAAAUCUGAUGCAAGUAAUGAUUAUAAGCUACGUUGUAAUUAAGUUGCAAUAACACAUACGUCUUAUAAAAUACAUUUCAAUCGUGUAAAAAAAAUAUUGUUACUAUUGUUCUCGUAAUAUUUAAUUUGUUUAUUGUGUUCUACGAAACAUUUUUAUCUGAUAUUUGAAAAAUCAGCUGUUAGAUAAAAUAUUUGCGUAUUAUAUUGUCCAGUCUAAACAGGAGACUGACAAAAUUUUAUUAAUAUGGCUCCAAAAAUCUUGAACUGCCGUUAACAUUUCAUAUAGGUUAUUAAUUUCGUUGUUUGUUUGUUUUGUUUUAAUAAUAAGUGAAUAAUCGCGGGAAAUCCUUGUGUAGGUACGUGUAACUCGAAUAUUAUGUUAUUGAGGCUUUUGACAUUACCGAUAAUUUGACAAAUCGAUGCAUGUUUCUUGAACUUGUAUGAUAAGAAUAGUGUUUUAAUAAAUUUUGUUGUAAUCUAAAA